GGGGUUCACUCGGUUCCCCUUUUUUGCCGGCCAGGACGUCAGCAGCAACGAGCUGCGUUCCCUCCCCGGGAGCAUGAGGACUCUGGAGUCUCUCCGGGACCUCAACGUUCGCCGCAACCAGAUCACCGUCCUGCCUGAAGAAUUGGCCGAGCUUCCGCUGGUACGGCUGGACUUUUCCUGCAACCUGGUGCCUCGCCUCCCCGUCUGCUUCCGCCACCUGCGGCACCUCCAGUGCCUCCUUUUGGAGAACAACCCCUUGCAGUUCCCACCUGCUCAGGUCUGCCAGAAAGGCAAAAUGCACAUCUUCAAAUACCUCAACGUCCAGGCCUGCGGCAAAGGCAGGCCGGACCUGGCCGAGCUGGCCCACCAGGGACGCCCCAGCGGUUUCGGCACGUGCCUCCCGGAUGAUUUCUACCCGGCCCGGCAACACGGCGGCCUCGACUCGGGCUUCCACAGCGUGGACAGCGGCAGCAAGCGGUGGUCAGGCAACGAGUCCACCGACGAGUUCUCCGACCUCUCCUUCCGCAUCGCCGAGUUGGCCCGCGACCCCAAGCAGCUGAGGGAGAAGCGCGGCGGGGCAGGCGAUGCCGGCGAACUGGAGCAGAUUGACUACAUCGACAGCAGCGUCAACGGGGAGGAGGAGGAAGAGGAGGAGGAGGAAGAGGAGGAUCCGUUGGGGGAGGAAGAGGCGACGGGGGGCCCUCUGGCUGGGAGGGCCGGCAAGGCGUGGACGGUGCCCCACGAG